AUCGAGCAAAUGGAUGAAACAAUGAUUCGCUGCCUCCAAGUCCAAGUAUUGCAGGGGAAAAAGAUAGAAAAUUCUUUCAAAGCAUCUGCUUACAAUUUUAUUGCUAAAGAGGUGAAUUCAAAUCAUCCACAACACGAUAAGGAGAAAGGAAAAGAAUUCAUGAAGUUGAGAAACAUGACUUGGCCCCUGUUUGAAAACUUAAGGAAGUUGUGGAUGAAGAUCACGCCACAGGGGAAUUUUCUUAAUAGAACAGAGAUUCUGAGAAAAGAUAAGGGAACAAAUUCUAAAGAAGCUAGGCCAUACAUCCAUCUAGUGGACCAUAUGGAGAUUGGUGAGACUGAUGGCAGUGAAGAUUAAACAUCUAAGUCCCAACGUCCACAUCGUAUUCUGGAGAGGGGAGUGGAGUUGGUGCAUCAUAUGAUGUACCUCGAGAGAGAAAGAGAGCGAAGGUAGCAUUGGAUGGCCAAAUAUCAACUGUUGCCACUUCUAUAGAUCAUUUGGUGACUGUGGUCAAAGAGAGGCAUGUCUCUCCUAAAGCAUUGUUGGAUGCUAUACUAGAAGUAGAUGGAUUUAGCGAAGAUACACUUGACAUCAUCUUUGAUUUCCUCAUAGUAAAUGAACCUCAAGCAAAGGCAUUUUUAGUUAAGAAUGUAGUGCAACGAAGGAGGUGGACUUGAGGUUUCUUGAUCAAGGCCAUUGAUGUGGUAAGAUAAAUACAAUCAUUAGCUAUUUCAUUCAGGUUUAGGAUGCGAUUGGUUGUCACUUGGAACACACUGAUUUGUUUUUAGUUGCCAUAGCAUCAGAGUUCAUAUGGUUUGCACCGAAAUGAACACAUUUCCAUUUAUC